AUGGCCUCUCCCGGCAGCAGCCCGCGCCUCAUACAGCCCCCCACCGCGGGCCGCAUCCUCCUCACGCUCGUCGGGCUCACCACGAGCCUGGGCUGCUACCUCGCCGACUGGAACGACACGCACAUCUACCACCCGCUGUGGCUGCCGCACGCCAAGUUCCACAACGCGCAGACCAUGUCCAUGGGCCUGCUGCUCGGCCUCGCCACCCUUUACCACGUCUGGACGCCGUCGCCCGUCGUCGUGAAUGAUGAUAACGUGAUGACGACGACAACAACGAAAGCAACAACCAUCAAGUCUGGUGCGGAUCAGUCGACGACGUCGAUGUCGACGGUCGCGGUGCGCAGGGAGGCGCAGCUGGCGCGGUUGCGGACGGCGGUGGUGCUGGGCGGCUUGUAUUGGGUCACGCAGGGGAGCGCGUAUUUUUAUCCGGGCGUCGCGGCGUUUGAUGAGGUGCCGGGAAGGGAGGGCGAGGUGCAGGAUCCGUUGUUGCAGGCGAAGUUGGAGGUGGGCAUGUUUGCGCUGUUGGGGGUGGGGUGGGUGUUGGAGAAGAGGAGGAUCAUGCGGGGGGAGUAG